GUCCCUGGACGGCGGGCGGCUCGGGCGGUCCCGGAGGAGGACUGGAGAUGUCCGGUCUGUGCCGCCUCCUGCUCGCGUACCUGUUCCCGGCCCUCCUGCUUCACGGGCUGGGAGAGGGCUCUGCUCUCCUUCAUCCAGACAGCAGAUCCCAUCCCAGGUCCGUAGAGAAAAGUGCCUGGAGGGCUUUCAAGGAAUCCCAGUGCCAUCACAUGCUCAAACAUCUCCACAAUGGCGCCAGGAUCACCGUGCAGAUGCCGCCAGCGAUCGAGGGCCACUGGGUGUCCACUGGCUGUGAAGUGAGGUCGGGCCCAGAGUUCAUCACAAGGUCCUACAGAUUCUACCACAAUAACACCUUCAAGGCCUACCAGUUCUACUAUGGCGGCAACCGGUGCACCAGCCCCACCUACACCCUGGUCAUCCGGGGCAAGGUCCGCCUGCGCCAGGCCUCCUGGAUCAUCCGCGGGGGCACCGAGGCCGACUACCAGCUGCACAACGUGCAGGUCGUCUGCCACACGGAGGCUGUCGCCGAGAGGCUCAGCCAGCUGGUGAACCGCACAUGCCCGGGUUUCGUGCCCGCCGGGAGCCCCUGGGUGCGGGACGUGCCCUACGACCUGUGGCGGGAAGAGAACGGCUGCGAGUGCACCAAGGCCGUGAACUUCGCCAUGCACGAGCUGCAGCUGAUCCGGGUGGAGAAGCAGUACCUGCAGCACAACCUGGACCGCCUGGUGGAGGAGCUCUUCCUGGGAGACAUCCACACGGACGCCUCGCAGAGGACGUUCUACCGGCCGUCCAGCUACCAGCCCCCCCUCCAGAACGCCAAGAACCACGACCACGCCUGUAUCGCCUGCCGCAUCAUCCACAGGUCGGAUGAACACCGCCCGCCCCUCCUGCCCCCUAAGGCCGACCUGACCGUCGGCCUGCACGGCGAGUGGGUGAGCCAGCGCUGCGAGGUGCGGCCCGAGGUCCUGUUCCUCACGCGCCAUUUCAUCUUUCACGACAACAACAACACCUGGGAAGGGCAUUACUACCACUACUCCGACCCCGUCUGCAAGCACCCCACCUUCACCAUCUACGCCAAGGGCCGCUACAGCCGGGGGGUGCACUCCUCCAGGGUCAUGGGAGGAACGGAGUUCGUGUUCAAAGUGAACCACAUGAAGGUCACCCCCAUGGACGCGGCCACUGCCUCGCUCCUCAACGUUUUCAACGGGAAUGAGUGCGGGGCCGAGGGCUCCUGGCAGGUGGGCGUCCAGCAGGACGUGACACACACCAACGGCUGCGUGGCACUGGGGAUCAAGCUACCUCACACUGAAUAUGAGAUCUUCAAAAUGGAGCAGGAUGCCCGUGGCCACUAUCUGCUGUUCAAUGGCCAGAGGCCCAGCGAUGGGUCCAGUCCAGACAGGCCCGAGAAGAGAGCCACCUCCUACCAGAUGCCCUUAGUCCAAUGUGCAUCCUCUGCGCCCAGAGCUGACGACUUCUCCGAGGACCCCCAGGGUCACCAGUACGGGAGCUGGGCGCCCGAGAGGAGCGCUUGUCCCCUGCUUCUUGCUGGGCUCGCCGGCCUUUUGACUCUCCCACACUGGAACGUCCUCAGAUAGAUGUUUCUUAAAAAGCGAUGUUUUUCCAAGCCAGGAUUCCUUACAAUGGACAAAUCUCUUUACAAAAAAAAAAAAAGAAGAAGAAGAAGAAGAAGAAAAGAAAGGGCACUCCUUCUCAUGAUGCACUUGAGUGCCCCAGAACUGUGGCUCCCUUUCUGCUGCCAGACCCCCCUCCCUCCCAGCCUGAGUCCUGAGCAACCCUUUUUGAAGUUUCUGCUUUGAACUCUGGCCAGUGGGAUCCCAGGCCGCCGGGACGCCUUCUCAAGAGUAAUUGCACUUUAAGACCGCAGAGAGCGUGGAGCUCAUGUGUUUGGAAGAUGGAGCAGGGUGACAGCGAAGUCCUCUUCUUCUCUUCCUCAUGAUUAUUAAUCUAUUUCUGAGUUACACGUAGACGGAUAUCAAGCUCCAGCUUUUCCUGCCACUGUCCUCCCCUGAAACUGUGUUACGACCUGGAAUCCAGUGCAGAUUUGGGUUAGGACCGCCAGCAAAACACCUUCUAUUAAUAAAGAAGAGACUCAAGUGUAGAUAUGUAUAUAGGGAAAGACACAUGGUUUCGCUUUACCAUCCUGACAGCCUUAAUGCAAAAAAAAAAAAAAAAAAGAGGGAACCCUAGCUUUCCAACGUGGAGGGGAAAAGUGUCUGUAAUUAAAGGUUCAACGUAAUUUAAACUAUCCAUUGUUUGAACUUGUGGGGAAAGGAGACUCGGCGAGAUGCUGGUUUCGGGGUGGUCGUGGAAUGCACGCUGCUUGAUGACUGCCCGGCUGACGAGGGUGGUCGAGAAAAUACCAGAAGCAGUACACACAGGACCAGCAAUGUACGGGAUGGUGACAGUGCAUUAAAUGCCAACAGGACGAUUAAAAAAAAAAAAGUGUUCAUUCCAGUUUCCUCUUCGUGGGGCCCUCGUCCUAGCUCAUGCUGUAUCUGGUCAGGGUGGGCAGAUGGAGCCUCGUGUGGCCAUCCCGGCUACCUUCAAAGAUGACUAUGCAGAGACCACACUUUAAUGUUCAAAGACAGUGUAGCGGGGAUAUCCUCACCCGGGCUGUACGAGACCCUCAGUAUGCCUGAAACCCAGGCUUCCAGUAAAGCCCCUUUAUCGCCGGAUGCGACAUCUUGACUCUUUUUCUGUCCUGCUGUUACCUUUGGUCUGUGGCUGCACGGGGUCUCAGGGUCACCUUCCAGAGAGUCUGUGAGCUUCUUCCUCGCAGAUGUUGGGAGGGGCCGUGAGUCAUGUCUGCCCACAUCUACUUUGGACUGUUCCAGAUGGUGCUCUCUGAACACCAAGUGCUAUUGCCGAUAGAGACCGACAGAGGGGAGUAGCAAGCGUGCAGAAGCCUGGACAGAACCGGAAGUGAGCGUGGAAACCACAGUCAAGGUCGAGAGUUGUACUUGUAUUUAAAAAAUAACUUUAUGAAAUGCUGUAGCAUUCCGUGUGGUGAUGAGUUAUCAGGAUAGCAUGGAGUCCCAAAGUGCUUUAUCUUUAGAAUAUAUUUUAAGUUGUGGGGCAUACUGAGGGGGUUUAUUCCAAUGAAAAUACUAACUUAAUGUCUGCCAAGUUUAAUAAACAAAGAUGUCAAAAAUA